CUAGCUGCCAGUCCCACAGCGAAGCGGCCUGACAGCGGGGUCGGGUUUGUUAUGAUGGCGGUGGAAGCUAUUUCUUCUCCGGACUGGGAAUUUGACCGAUUUGAUGAUGGGUCUCAAAAGAUCCACACAGAAGUGCAGCUGAAGAAUUAUGGGAAGUUUCUGGAAGAGUACACCUCCCAGCUCCGCGGCAUCGAGGACGCUCUCGACGAUUCCAUUGGAGACGUGUGGGACUUCACCCUGGACCCCAUUGCUCUGAAGCUUGUCCCCUACGAGCAGUCCUCUCUCCUGGAGCUGAUCAAAACAGAAAACAAGGUCCUGAACAAAGUUAUCACUGUCUUCGCUGCUCUGUGUAGCGAAAUCCGGAAACUCAAAUACGAGGCUGAAACGAAAUUCUACAAUGGUCUUCUGUACUAUGGGGAAGGAGUGUCGGACACCUGCGUGCUGGAGGGGGAGUCCCAGGUGCAGAUGGGACGCUUUAUAUCCUUCCUGCAGGAGUUGUCGUGCUUCGUGUCACGCUGUUUCGAGGUCGUGGUGAACGUGAUCUAUCAACUGGCCUCCCUCUACAACAGCAGCAAGGGCUCCACAAAAAUCAUUGAGUCGUCUGGAGUCCAUUUUCAGACAGUGCACGAGCAGCUUGGGGAGCUGCUGGUGGUGCUCAUCACCCUGGAUGAGAUCAUGGAGAACCACAGCACACUGAAAGAGCACUGGAAGAUGUACAAGAGGUUACUGAAGUCUGUCCACCACAACCCCUCCAAGUUUGCCAUCCCGGAGGAGAAGCUGAAGCCCUUUGAGAAGCUCCUGCUGAAGCUGGAGGGGCAGCUGCUGGACGGCAUGAUCUUCCAGGCCUGUGUGGAACAGAGGUUUGAUAACCCAGGAGACGGCGUGUCCGUGUCCAAAAACAGUGCUUUCGCUGAAGAGUUUAUCCACAAUAUCCGGACGAUCUUCACCAACGUGGAGUCCAAGCUUGGUGAGCCCUCAGAGAUCGAUCAGAGGGAUAAAUACGCUGGUGUCUGCGGCCUGUUCGUGCUUCAUUUUCACAUCUUCAGAACUGUCGACAAGAAGCUCUACAAAGCCCUGCUGGACAUCUGCAAGAAGGUCCCGGCUGUAACGCUCACAGCAAACAUAAUCUGGUUCUCAGAUUCCUUCCUGAUGGCUAAAGUUCCAGCUGCAGCCAAAAUGAUGGACAAGAAGAUUCUGCAGAGCAUCAAAGUUCAGAGAGAAGCUUUCCUACAGCAGAAAGCACAGAGCCUCACCAAGGACGUGCAGUCCUACUACGUGUUUGUCACUUCCUGGAUGAUGAAAAUGGAGUCGAUUCUGUCCAAAGAACAUCGAGGCGAGAAGUCCUCUGAAGAUCUGAGCAGCAGGUGCAAUGUGUUUGUGCAGGGCAUCCUGUACGCAUAUGGAAUCGGCAUCAUCAUCAGAACCACCAUGAACCUGUACAUGUCCACACAGAAGCCCAUGACCAAGACCACGGUGAAGGCUCUGUGCAGGCUGGUGGAGCUGCUGAAGGCGGUGGAGCACACGUUCCACAGGCGCUCCAUGGUGGUGGCUGACUCCGUGUCCCACAUCAGCCAGCAGCUGCAGUCCCAGGCGCUGGCCUCCAUCGCUACAGCCAAGAAACGAGUGAUCUCGGAUAAGAAGUACAGCGAGCAGCGUCUGGAUGUCCUGUCUGCGCUGGUGUUGGCAGAGAACGCUCUGAACGGACCGAGCACGUGGGAGCGACGGCUGGUGGUGUCACUCGCACUCAGUGUGGGAACACAGAUGAAAACAUUUAAGGAUGAGGAGCUACUGCCCCUGCAGCUGGUUCUGAAGAAACUGGACCUGAUCAGUGAGCUGAGAGAGAGGGUGAAGGUUCAGUGUGACUGCAGCUUCAUGUAUUGGCACCGAGCAGUCUUCCCCAUCUACCUGGACGAUGUCUAUGACAACGCUGUGGAUGCAGCUCGAGUUCACUACAUGUUCAGCGCUCUGAGAGACUGUGUCCCCACCAUGCUGCACGCCAGACACCUGGAGUCAUGUGACCAGCUGCUGGAGAGCUACGACACAGAGACCAUGCUGGUGUUUAAGGAGCACCUCCUGGAUAAGCUGUGUAAGGAGAUAGAGAAAGACCUCCGUCUCUCUGUCCACACUCACCUCAAACUGGAUGACAGGAACCCCUUUAAGGUGGGCAUGAAGGACCUGGCCCACCUGUUCUCCCUCAAACCAAUCCGCUUCUUCAACCGCUUCAUAGACAUCAAAGCCUAUGUGACGCACUACCUGGAUAAGACCUUCUAUAACCUGACCACAGUGGCGCUCCACGACUGGGCCACCUACAGCGAGAUGAGAAACCUGGCAACCCAGCGCUACGGCCUGCUGAUGACUGAAGCACACCUGCCCAGCCAGACCCUGGAACAGGGUCUGGAUGUUCUCGAGAUCAUGAGGAACAUCCACGUUUUCGUCUCACGUUACCUGUACAACCUGAACAACCAGAUCUUCAUCGAGAGAACCAGUAACAACAAGCACCUGAACACCAUCAACAUCCGCCACAUCGCCAACUCCAUCCGCACCCAUGGCACGGGCAUCAUGAACACCACGGUGAAUUUUACUUACCAGUUCCUACGGAAGAAGUUCUACAUCUUCAGCCAGUUCAUGUACGAUGAGCACAUCAAGUCCCGUCUCAUCAAAGACAUCCGCUUCUUUAGGGAGACCAAAGACCAGUCCGAUCAGAAGUACCCGUUUGAGCGUGCGGAGAAGUUCAAUCGCGGGAUCAGGAAGCUGGGAAUCACCCCUGAUGGACAGAGCUACCUGGACCAGUUCAGACAGCUCAUCAGCCAGAUAGGUAAUGCCAUGGGCUACGUGCGAAUGAUCCGCUCUGGAGGCCUCCACUGCUGCAGCAGUGCCAUCAGGUUUGUUCCGGAUCUGGAGGACAUCGUGAACUUUGAGGAGCUGGUGAAGGAGGAGGGGCUGUCAGAGGAGACACAGAAAGCAGCCAGUGUGUUGGACUCAGUCCUGGGUGACCUGACCAGUAACUCUGCAGAGGGGACAGAGUAUUUUAAGAUGCUGGUGGGUGUGUUCGCUCCAGAGUUCCGCAGCGUUAAGAACAUGCACCUGAGGAACUUCUACAUGAUCGUACCUCCGCUGACGGUGAAUUUCGUAGAGCACUCCAUCAGCUGCAAGGAGAAACUCAACAAGAAGAACAAAGGAGGAGCUGCCUUCACUGACGAUGGCUUUGCUAUGGGUGUGGCCUACAUUCUGAAGCUGCUGGACCAGUACCAGGAGUUUGACUCUCUGCACUGGUUCCAGUCAGUCAGGGAUAAGUACCUGAAGGAAAUGAGUGCAGUAGCUAAAGAGCAGAACGUUCAGGCCUCAGGCCAGGAUGAGAAGCUGCUGCAAACCAUGAACCUCACCCAGAAGAGGCUCGACGUCUACCUGCAGGAGUUUGAGCUGCUGUAUUUCUCCCUGAGCAGUGCGCGCAUCUUCUUCAGAGCCGACAAGACGGCCGCAGAGGAGAACCAGGAGAAGAAGGACAGAGAAGAGGUGUCCAAAUCGGGCAGCAGUAACCCCUCCGGUGACCCUGCCUCAGACCCCGCCCCCAAGUGAGAGGUGGGGGUGCGGCUAACCCCAGGCGUCUCACGGACAUUCGCACAUCGCUGAGAGCCUGUUCUGGACCAGCGCUUCCAACACCUGUUCUGGGAGAAAGGAGGAGAGAGAGAGAGAGAGGAGGAGAAAAGAGGAGAAAGGAGGAAAGAGAAGAGAGUGAAAGGAGGCACAAGUGAAGAGAGGGAGGAAAGGAUACGAGAAAGAGGGAAAGAGGGUCAAGACUGGACUGCAGGUGGUGGGAGAGAUGGGGCGAUCGAGAAGCAACGGAUGUUGGAUAAUCCUACCCCUUCUCUCUGGGACUGGUCUGUGGUUUCCAUGUGGUUCGAGAAGCUGAAAGGGAUCAAGGUCAGGCUUCCUGAAUUCUGGUUCUAUCACUAGAGGGUUCUGGUUCUGGUUCUGUUCCCACCUCCACUACAUAUGAGCAGAAUGUGUAUCUGCCAGCGCGGGACUUGUCCUCCGCUCCUAAUAAAAGUCCUGCUCCGUUCACAUCUCUCCUUCAUCAUUACCCAAACUCCCCCAGAGUUCCAGACGGGGGUGGUGAACCCCCCUCUCCCACACAGAGCAGUUUCAGUGCACAGGAGAGGCUGGAGCGUUCGUCUGAUGGACAGUAGUUUUGUCUCCAUCAUUUCCUCUUCUCGCUCAACAGAACUGCAGGGUAUUGGCGGCAGUUCGGUUAAGCGCAAAAGCGCUUCACAGCUACAACCCUGCUUUUGCAGCUUGGUGAGCUCCACAGCGUGAACUCUGUUAGCAUCGGCUUGUCCAGCUCAGUACAGCACACCAAGCAUUCCCCUGAUGUAACACGGAAAAUGCGACAUCGGAAUAGCGGCCUGUGGGAUUGUGCCGUCUAUCUGCAGCAACACACGCUCACAGACGUAAGAUAAUUAAUCGCUGUGGCUGGAGGCCUUGUGUUCAGAUUUGAUUGGAAUUUUCAGAAGUUCUUGCAGUUUUUUAAUUAUUUUAUUUUUUGAUUGGUUGGUACUAAUAUGCCAAUAACAAUGCUGCCUCCUUAUAUUAAGCAUAAUCCGAGUAUGUCUCGUCUUGUUUUGUCUUGUAUUUGUCUUGUUUUAGGACAUUGCUGUUGAUCUUGUAACACAAAUCUAGGAAAUACAAGGAACAGUAUAUGCUAAAGACACCAUUUCCUCUGAUCACCAAAUUGCAUUUAUUCCACUAGACAGUCAGAAUCCUUCCUCUUCCCACCACUGUGUGUGUUCCAGUCUCACAUUAAGUGUCCGAUACUGAUUGUCAUUGUCUUUUUACCAUUUCAAUUGUAUCAAAUGUGUUUUGUUCUGUUUAUCCUUGCGUCUGACUGAUGGUAGUGUACGGUAGUGAAGUUUUACUCACACGUCGAUGCCUUUCUGUUCUUAUUAAAAUGACCUGCGCCUUUUAAGUUGACCCUACAAAGUUCUGUAUCGUGCCUUGUUUGCAAGAGCAAGCUUUUGUUACGUUUCUGUUGGACUUCCUUUGUACAAGUACUUUUUUCUUUUUUGAUUGAAAUGCCUGUGACUGAACGUUCUCACAAUGUCACUGCCAUGUAGUGGCAAUGUUAAAACAUUGACAGAACAUUCCAGUAACAUUGUGAGGACAUUUUGGGUUGGCUUGGCGGCCAGGCAGCUUACUGAAAGGGAGGGUCCAUGUUAGAGCAGGAUUACACCUGGUUUCUACUUCCUGCAGAGGGAAAAUGGACUUCCUCCACCUGGAUGGUUUCUCUCUUUUCUACAUUUAUGGCACAUUCCAAUUUUUUUUGGUGUUGAUUUUUUUAAAGCCUUUGUAAAAAAACAAACUUGUAUUUGUUUAUAUUAAUCGUGCAUUAAAUCAUGGCAUCAUUGUGACAUACUGGAUGUUAAUAAAAAGGAACCAAUAUUUGAAUCGUAA